UUUAGCCAUGUUGCUGUUGGGCGGCCGUGCCAGUCACAUGAUCGUGCUUGUCUGUACUCUUGCCCUGUUGAUGGAGACGGUCAGAGGAGGCUCCAGCUUCCUCAGUCCUGCACAGAGACCUCAGCAGGGGAAGGGAGACAGAAAGACACCUCGAGUGGGGCGAAGGGAUGCAGCCCAACCAGACAGCCCACAAGAGGAUGCCCACUUCCUGGCAAGUCCUCCAUUUCGGCUGGGUGUGACUAUGACUGAGGCAGAGUUUGAGGAACAUGGCUCUGCCUUACAGAAAAUCCUUGACAACAUCCUUGGAGACAAAGCAGACUGAUUCUACCGCUUCCUUGGAGAAGAGUAUUUAGACAGGGUUCUAAUGAGAACACAACAAAUCCACACACAACAAACACACACAAACAUUUUCAAUCA